AUGUCGAAGCUAGAGGAUGUUUGGCAUAAGACUUGGAGGUUACUAUCCGAUGACAUUUUGUACAAGCAGCGUGGUAUUCAGAAAAAUAAAGAUCUACAGUUAACAAACGAUCAAAUUGAAGCGUUUGCGUUGGCGGAGAUUGAAACCAUGCUCCAAAGUAAUGGCAGCAACUUGCGUAGAUUUAGUGAGAUGCCGUUUCCGGAUGAACUAAUCAUGUUUGAAGGACAAAACAAGCUUAUUGCAGAUGAGAUUUCUUACGACAUAGAGGAGAUGACGUUGGAACACGAUAAAUUGUAUAAGGGUCUAACUGAUGAGAAAUCCAUCAUUGAUCGGAGAGUAAUAGAUGCUGUGUUGAGUCAAGAAGGAGGUGUGUUUUUCGUCUACGGCUACGGAGGGACCGAAAAAACAUAUGCCUGGAAGACAUUAUGUGCUCUAGUAAGGAAGAUGGGCGAAAUUGUAUUGCCUGUAGCUUCGAGUGGAAUUGCUUCUCUCCUCCUUCCGCGGGGAAGAACAACGCAUUCGAGAUUUGGUAUCCCUUUGAAUGUAACUGAGAAUUCUACAUGUGCCGGAAUUCGUCCUGGGUCGGAUUUAGUUGAUCUUCUUAUCAAGAUAAAACUUAUUAUAUGGGAUGAAGCGCCCAUGAUGCAUAAGUACUGUUUCGAAGCACUUGAGAGAAGCUCGAUGGACAUAAUGAGGUUAGUUGAUAGGAGAAACAUGCAUCGACUAUUUGGGGGUAAAGUUAUGGUGUUUGGUGGUGAUCUACGUAAGAUAUUACCAGUUGUACCAAAGGGAACGAGGCAAGAUAUCAUGUUUGCUACCGUUAAUUCGUCUUACUUGUGGGAUUCGUGUAAGGUCCUAACACUUACUUGCAAUAUAAGACUUCAAUCAAGUUCUUCAAAAUCUUUUGCUGAUGAACUGCGAGAAUUUUCAAAGUGGAUACUAAGCGUAGGAGACGGUAAGGCCGGAGAUCCUAAUGAUGGCAAAGCCGUAAUUGAGGUUGCAAAAUAUAUUCUUAUAGAUCCAGGUGUCUAUCCAAUUUCAGCAAUUGUUGAUAGCACUUAUCCAAACCUACAUGACCAUAUUUGGGAAGCUAAAUAUUUCCAAGAAAGAGCAAUUUUGGCGCCUACAAAUGAGAUAGUGGAGAUAGGCAAUGAUCAUGUUCUAUCUACCAUUCACGGAGAAGAAAAAGUGUAUUUGAGUUCGGACGCUAUAAGCAAAGAAGAGGGUAACUUCGGAGUACAUGAAAUUUACUCCACUGAAUUCCUCAAUACAAUAAGAUGCUCUGGUCUCCCGAAUCAUAUCAUACGAUUAAAGGUUGGUGCGCCAGUUAUGCUGCUAAGGAAUAUUGAUCAAACAUCUGGGUUAUGUAAUGGCACGAGGUUAGUCGUUAAACAUUUAGGCAAUCAUGUUAUUGAAGCAACUGUUAUUUCUGGAAGUAAUGUCAGAGAAAAGAUUCUUUAG